AUGCCCUUAGUCGUUCACCAGUCGCAGAAAGAAUUUGCACACCAUUGCAUGAAUAGACAUUGCGAGUCUUGUAGUACUAACAAGAGAGCCUACAGUAUUUUCAUUCCUACUAAGUGGUGGGAAGGACCAGAAUGCUUAAGGGAAAUUGACGAUAUAUUUGAAGAACCAGUUCAACGUUAUGACGAGGAAGAAAUUUCAAAAGAAGGAUCAAAAUCUGUUAGUUUGACAGCGAUCGAAGACACUAUAAAUCGAAAAUGGUACUACGAAUAUUUGAAGUCAUAUUUGGCGGGUUGGCAAGGGCAUGAAGUUGGGACAUGUUGUGUUGGUGACAUUGUUCUUAAUGUGGAUGGAGACAAAAUCAAAGCUCAUAAAUUGAUAUUGAAAGCUCGUUCCCCUGUCUUCCACAAGAUGUUCACUCAUGAAGCUGCGGAGAAUCUGAUUGUUUCUGAUCCAAUGUCUGAGAUAGCAAUGAAAAGGCUCCUAAAUUUUCUCUACUCUGGUACAACGGAUGGAGAUGGCUUUGAAAAAUUUUUAGAACUGCACUAUGCUGCUGACAAAUACAAAGUGAUUUCUUUACGAAAUAGUUGCAAAACAAAAUUGUUGGACUUUCUUCAAGCGAAUAAUGUGUGCCUUUUAUUUUCCUUAGCAAACCGACGCAAAGACGAAGCUUUCAAAAAUGAAGUGGUGCAACUCAUAAGUGCUAAUUUAAACCGAGACGGCUAG